UAUCGUGCUGUUUGUUUUUCGAAACGUGUAUAUUGUAAAUACAGGUAGUAUUUAUGUUAACACUGAGAAGAGGUACGACCCACUUAACCAGAUUAAUAAAUGUUGGUAUAUUUCUAAAAACGAGAAUAAGAGUCAGUCCCUGUGUUAGGGCCCCCUGGCCUAGCAUCACCAGACCAAUUGUCAGAUGACAGAGAACAUAAAGCAGGUUUGGCAGGUUUGGCAGGUUCGUUGUAAAGAUUUCCCCGAAGUCUCGCUCAGCGUGUGAGCGGUGACACAUCCCAUUCCUCUUUUUUCCGCCGCUAUGCGGUGGUGCUUGAACGCAGUCUUUUUACGAACAGCGAUGACGUCACGAUGCACGCAGUCGUCUCGCCUGGGCUGGCUCACAUCUCUCACACCGGCACGGUAACGUUAUGCACAGCAGGCGGUCAUGGCUUCGAGGUCGAGGACCAGAAACCUGCAGGUGUUCGACACGGAGCUGAGCGCUGACACGGUGGAGUGGUGUCCAGUGUCAGCGAGCAACGACGUGCUGGUCUGCGGGACGUAUCAGCUACAGAAAGGGGCAGGUGAAGAGGAUGCCACCCCGAGCCGGACGGGUCGUUUGUACCUGUUUGAAUUCAGGCAGGAGGCAGGAUCGAUGAUCCCUCCUCUCACCGAGCUACAGCGCCUGGACACGGCAGCCAUUUUGGAUCUGAAAUGGUGCCAUGUGCCGGUGUCGGGACACACGGUGCUGGGAAUGGCAGCUGCCACCGGAGAGCUGCAGCUUUACACGCUGUCAGGCAGUCAGGAAGGCGGCCGCAGUCUGCAGACUCUGAGCAGUGUGGAGGUGGGAACAGAGAGGCUGGCUCUGUCAUUAGACUGGUCCACUGGAAGAAUGGACAGCAGCAGUGAUGUGCGGGUGGUCUGCAGUGACUCUGCAGGCUGUGUCAGUGUGCUCUCUCUGGCUGAAGGUGCUCUAACGUCUCUGUCACAGUGGAAAGCUCAUGACUUCGAGGCCUGGAUCUCAGCCUUCUCCUACUGGGACACACAGCUUAUUUAUUCUGGCGGCGAUGAUUGCAAACUGAAAGGCUGGGAUCUCAGGGUCGGUCCCUCCUGCCCCACUUUCACCAGUAAAGGGCACUCAAUGGGUGUGUGCAGUAUUCACAGCAACCCACAUCGGGAACACAUCCUGGCUACAGGCAGCUAUGACGAGCAGGUUCUGCUGUGGGAUGGCAGGAACAUGCGGCAGCCUCUCAGUGAGAGCCCCAUGGGUGGUGGAGUGUGGAGGCUGAAGUGGCACCCGACCCAUCAGCACCUGCUGCUGGCGGCCUGCAUGCACAACGACUUCCACAUCCUGAACUGCCAGCCGGCCCUCGAGGGCAAUGGAGGAGCGUGUCCUGUCGUAGCCUCCUACAUCCUCCACAACUCCCUGGCAUAUGGAGCCGACUGGUCCCGGUUGUCGCUGGAGGAACCCAUCCCGUGCUCCCCUGCUGUCGCUGAACCAAAGGAAAGCCUCACAGAGAGUGGAGGACACUUGAGGAUUCAGUAUGAAUCUCCCACUGCCAGCUUCGACACUUCCCUGGAGGAUGAUGCGGGACGAUACAUCCCAGAGGGCAUUGCAGCGCCCUCUACCACCCCUACUGCAGGCCCUGCCCUCAACUCGAAUGACGACAGCUCUCCACUGUCCGGGCUGCUAGCAAGCUGCUCAUUCUAUGACCACAUGCUGCAUGUGUGGCGCUGGGACUGGGCUCCACACGAGGUCCAACAGAAACCGGAGCAAUGUUGACCAGGCUGGAACACUGACACUACAGAAACAUCCACAUGUUUCCAACAUGCGUUAAAGUAAAGCAGAAUGUACAGCACAACUAUAACACGGGCAUGACAUGUAUCGUUUGUCCAUUUACUGUUUUCACCAUGAAGUCCACACUUUAUAAGUUAACACAGAAUAUGCAAUGAGGAGAUGCUCUAUUUUCAUAAACAGAUUUUUAUAAACUUGAGUUUAAAUAUAAGUGGUUUAGAAUCAUUGUGCUAUAUACAAGAUCAAUGCAACCAUCCACAGCCCUGUUUAAACACUGUGUGAUCCUGAAAGUCGUUCACCAUGUUUGAAGACGAGCACCACUUAAUGCAUGAAUUACAACAGAUACCUGUGUCUUCGUUUGCACCCCUCAGUGUUUUUGGCAGGGUUGCUGCUUAAUGACUUGUGGCUCCCUUUUUAAGUGAACCCCCUCAAGAUUAACCCCCCCUUAUAUCAGACCUUCAUACCGCUCCCAGAAAUCCAGGAUAGUCAUCUUCACCAUUUGGGUAUUUUGGAAAGCUCAUCCUCAAAUGUUUAUUGCUGGUUACAUUCAUUACACUUUUUGACCAAUAAAGAGACGUUGACAUAGUCAA